AUGCGGCCAAGUAGCCUUCCUCCCUCCCAACACGAUGACUACAACUCAUCGCACGUAAUCAACAAAGCAACAGGACAAGCGAAACUCCAGGAGAAGCCUGCUAUAUUCUCUAUGAAAAACACUUCGCAUAGAUUCCUCUACCGCGCCGCAGAACAUCAAAAUUCCUUCGAAGUCGAAGUUGUGCUACCAGGUAACACUGUUAUAAAAGAAUGA